CUCUUUCGUUUUCCCUCUUUUUUCCAUAUUUAUGACGCAAACACAAAUUCUCAAAAUCCCUCUCUUCCUGUACUUCUCUUUCUCCGUCUCCCAUUAGGUUUUCGAAAAAUCUUUACUGCUUAGAUCCAGAAGCGCGUAUAACCCUAAAUUUAAAGCAAGUUUAGCUUUCCUUGGGGGGGGGGGACUCGAUUCUUCUGAUUAUCUUGAUUUGGUGUUUGGUUAUUCGAGGAAGAUUAUAAGUUUUUAGGGUUUUGCGGGGUUUGAUUAACCUGAAUUUCUUAAUUUGGCCUUUUUGGUGUGUGAGAAAGUUAAGGUUUUUGGGGUUAUUAUGCAUGAGGUUUUCAUUAACUUGUGUAUAUUUUGGGGACUUUUUCUGUUUGAGAAUUGACUUGGACCUUUUGCGUGGAGUUUCAGGGUUUAGGCUGGUUUUAUUAGCUUUAAACUGUCUCUAAAUUGGCUUUUUUUAGAGUGAAUUUUGUUUUAUUCUAGGUUUGGUUUAAUGGCGAAGGUGGGCGAAGAAGACAUUGAAUAUGAGAGCGAUCCUGAAGAGGAAAAGCGCCUGCUGGGGAUGAGAAGGCGUGAAGCGGCAAGUGACGAUGAGGAAGUCGAAGGGGAAGAGAAGCCCACAAUGGAAAGGAGGGCUCCCAUUCACUCUGACGAAUCCGAUGGCCAGGGUGGGGCAGCAGAAUAUGAAGAUGAUGAAGAGGAAUUAGAAGGGGAAGAUGAUGAAGAAGAGGUUUAUGAAGAUGAAGAAGCUUAUGGGGAUGAGGAAGAAGAAUAUGAAAUUGAUGAGAUUGAGGAAGGGAAAGAAGGAACUGAUGAGAGAGGAGGAGGUCAUGGUGGAGUGGAGGUUGAGGAGAAGGGAGUAGAGGGGAGGAAGGUAGAUGAGCUGGUAGAGAUAAAAGCAGUGGAGAAUCAUUUGGAGGAGGAGGAGGAAGAGGAAGAGGAAGAUCAAGAGGGGAAAAAGGAGAAUGAACCGUUUGCAGUACCUACUGCUGGGGCUUUUUACAUGCAUGACGAUCGGUUUAGGGACAAUGCUGGUGGUCGACACAGACGAACAUAUGUUGGAAGGAAGUUGUGGGAGUCCAAAGAUGAUAAGAAAUGGGGGCAUGACAAGUUUGAGGAGAUGGAUUUGCAGGAGAGGCGUUAUGAACAGGGAAGGAGGGGUUCUAAAGGUAAUUUUCGAGGUCGUGGUGGGAAAAACCAAGCUCCAGAUCGUGGAUAUGGAAGAAGGAACAAAUCAAAAACAUACAGCAAUAGUAACAAUCAGAACCAGGCACCUAUAAGUGUUAGGGGGAGGGGGCCUAGAAAGUAUGAAAGCACAUGGAAGACCAGCAGCCUGGCACCUCCAGCACAAAACAAGCAGCCUGGGAAAUCAUUGGAUAAAACUUCACGAAGUAACUCUGGGAGAGCCUUUACACCAACACCAAAUACAGAAUCAGAUCAAGUGCCUACUGCUAGAAAACAUUCAAGCUUGAGUUCUGCUUCUCCUCCUUUUUAUCCUUCUGGAUCUUCAAAUAAAGAUAUCCCUUUGACUCAGAAAAGGGAUAUACAAGCUGGAAGUACAAGCAGGAAUAUUCGUACUUCUGUUAUGGAUGAAAGUUUUUCAAUCCAGCAAACCAAUGCAUUGAUUCAGGGAAAGAAUAUAGCUGCUUCUGUUGGUAUUGACAAGCUUUACAUUGACGAUUCUGUUGCUUCAACUGCUGCUAAGUCCUUGAACACUAUGCAAAAGUCAUCUGGAUCUUCAUUGGUCAAUGGCACACAAUCUUCUCAAUCCAGAAAUCAAGGAAGGGGUGUAAGUAUUUCAAGUCAGAUGACUUAUCAAUCAGCCCCUCUGCAAAACCAAGUUAACAGAGUCUCCUCUUCAACACAGCCCCAUUCUAUUCAGCGGAGUCCUGUUCAAAACCGUGCCCAACCUUCUGUUCAAGUUUCUGGUCAGCAGUUGGGACAGCGUCCUGGUAGUGGAUCUCAAGCUUCUUCACCACCAAAAACAGCAUUGUCAAUAAAUUCUUGUGAGCCUGGAGAAGCAGAAACUAAUUCAGAAUCAAGUAAAUCUAGAAGUGCAUUGGUUGGAAAGGGAAAAGGAAGCAGUCAAGGGAGUGGAAGAGGCUCUUUUAUGUAUGGUGGGGCACAGGUUAUGGGAGCCUCAGGAAAUAUGGGUGUUGGUCAUGGUGAUCAGAACUUCCCUGCAACUCCAGCCUUCUUGCCAGUUAUGCAAUUUGGGGGCCAGCAUCCUGGUGGUAUUGGAGUUCCUGCUGUUGGCAUGGCAUUUCCUGGAUAUGUUGCUCAAUCUCAACUUGGUUUAGGAAAUUCUGAAAUGACAUGGCUGCCAGUUUUGGCUGGUGCUGCGGGUGCUUUAGGGGCUACUUAUUGUUCACCUUAUAUUGCUGUUGAUGGGGCUUAUCAUGCACGCCCGUCUGGACAGACAUCUUCUGUGGGUUCUUUGAGCAAAGAGAACAACGGUACUAACAAGACCAAUAAUGAAUGGAAACUUACUUCUCAGAGACCCGGUAAUUUGUCUUCUACAGAACUUGUGAAUGAUGAGUUUGGGCAAAGACAAAAGCCUCGCAGAUACUCAGAGAUGGAUUUUAAGCAGCCAAGUCCAAGUACUUAGCUAAGGAGGAUCAUAUCUGAAUAAGCAGAAAAAGGCCCUUGAUCAUGCCCUAUGUGUUCUCCAGCAUUUGUUCUGGAGUGCCUUGGGCUGCAUUAUGCUCCAGGAUAUUUUAGCUUGCUGUUUGAAUGUUGCAGUUACACAUAACAAACACCUGCUCAUGCUGCAGUCAAUUUGAGAACAUAAUUGUGGCUUGACGGGUGGUAGUUUCUUGUUUAAAUGUGAGGUUUUCUUGUGGUUUGGUUUUGUAGUGAAGCUUGAGAUGAAGGCUUCUUCAAAAACUAUAUGCUAAAAAAUAUGAAAAACAACAAGAACUAUUAUGCAUAAGCGGCUUGGUCAGUGACGUUGAGUUCUCCAAUUCAUACUAGUAGAUGGUGUUUGAAUUUUCCGUCCGACUUUAAUGACCUUAGCUUUGUGGUUGAGUGUGGUUACAAGUAUGUUGGGAUUUUUAUUUAGAUGAGGGCAGCAUAUUUGCUGAUUUGUUCAGCAGACAUGUAUUGUGUUGACAAGUGCUUUUUAAAGCUACGGAAUGGGCUGUAUGAUUUACAUGUUAUGAAGAAAUUGUGGCAAUAAAUUUCCUAGCCAUAUUAAUGUG